AUGACGAUGAUGACAAUUAGUGCAUUGGAAGAAGCUGCACAAAAACUGUUAUCAGUUGAUAAGAUUGAUGUGCCUCUGCUGGAUCAGGUUGUUUGUGUUAUGAACCGUUCAACUGGUGAGACGCAGAAAAUGGCAUCAAAAAUAUUGGUUGAAUUGAAACAACAAGAAUCUGCAUGGAUGCGUGUGGAUGGCAUAUUGGAAUUUAGUCAAUUGCUGGAGACAAAGUAUUACGCUCUUCAAAUUUUAGAAUCCCUUAUUGAAACUAGAUGGAAAACUUUACCAAGAGAACAGUGCGAAGGAAUUAAAUCGUUCAUAGUGGAAUUGAUAAUCAAAAUCAGUAGUGGAGAAGUGACAAAUCCUCAAGAAAAAAUUUAUCUGCAUAAGCUGAAUUUGGUUUUGGUGCAGAUUGUAAAAAGGGAAUGGCCCAAAUACUGGCCUACAUUUAUGGCUGAUAUUGUUGGCUCGAGCAGCGUUAAUGAUAAUUUGUGCCUCAACAAUAUGACAAUCCUUCGUUUAUUAAGUGAAGAAAUAUUUGAUUUUGACAGUGAACAAACACAAGCAAAGGCACAUCAUCUCAAAAAAUCUUUUUGUGGUGAAUUUCAAGCUGUGUUUGGGCUGUGCCAUGCUAUCAUGGAGUCGUCUCAAAAUGUAGCUUUAGUUGAAGCUACAUUGCAAACACUUUAUCGUUUUCUCAGCUGGAUACCGGUUGGCUAUAUUUUUGAGACUAAUUUGAUCACGUUGCUCACCCAGAAGUUUCUUGGAGUGCCAGUGUUUCGUUGUGUUACAAUGCAGUGUUUGACUGAAAUUGCCGGUUUAUCACUCGACAAAAUGGAUAACUGUAAUAACGCAUCUCAGUUCACCUUGCAAAUGCAAAGAAUGAUUAGCGAUACUAUGGUUCAGGUUGUUAAUGUGAUCGAUUCAUCAGUUGAUCUAGCAGAAGCAUAUAGGCAAGGAUCAGAUAUGGACCAAAAGUUCAUUGCCAAUCUCGCGCAGUUUCUUUGCGCUUUUCUGAAAGAAAACUCUGCUUCCAUCGAAGUGUUGGAAGAAGUUUGCGGCAAAAAUAGAGAACUUCGAAAAGUUCAUGAAUCAGCACUCGAAUAUCUGUUGAAAAUAAGUAAGGUCGAUGAUGUAGAAAUUUUCAAAGUCUGCCUCGAAUACUGGAAUGGAAUAUGCUCAGAAUUAUACCGUGAAUUUCCAUUUCAAUUGGAUACGGCAGCUGCACUUACAAAUCAUUUUCGGCAACAACUAGAACCCCCUCGUCGAGCACUUUACAGCAGAUUUCUUUCUGAGUUGCGCCUAAUUAUGAUAUCUCGAAUGGCCAAGCCGGAAGAAGUAUUAGUGGUUGAAAAUGAACAGGGUGAGGUGGUUCGCGAAUUGAUCAAAGACACAGAUUCUAUAACAUUAUAUAAGACAAUGCGGGAGACAUUAGUUUAUUUGACGCAUCUUGACUGUAAAGACACAGAAUUAAAAAUGACUGAAAAACUGCAGAAUCAGGUGAACGGUUCGGAAUGGUCUUGGAGGAAUCUCAAUACACUUUGUUGGGCGAUAGGUUCAAUUAGUGGUGCUAUGGUGGAAGAAGACGAAAAACGAUUUCUUGUUACUGUAAUACGUGAUCUGCUGGGGCUCUGUGAGCAAAAGAGGGGAAAGGAUAAUAAAUCGGUGAUCGCUUCAAAUAUUAUGUAUGUGGUCGGACAGUAUCCCAGAUUUUUGCGUGCUCAUUGGAAGUUUUUGAAAACUGUGGUCAAUAAAUUGUUUGAAUUUAUGCAUGAAACGCAUGAAGGUGUUCAAGAUAUGGCUUGUGAUACAUUUAUCAAAGUUGCCCACAAGUGCAAACGACAUUUUGUUAUGGUGCAAGUUGGUGAAGUGUAUCCAUACAUCGAUGAUAUUCUUGGUGCCUUGAAUUCAAUCAUAUGUGAUUUGUCGCCACCACAGGUUCACAUAUUCUAUGAAGCCAUGGGUUGUCUAAUUUCAGCCCAGACUGAUUCCAUUAUGCAAGAAACGUUAAUUGAACGACUUAUGCAGUUGCCGAACUCGAUCUGGGAGGAAAUAAUAUUGCAUGCCAGUCGAGAUAUGAAUGUAUUCAAAGAUCACGAUGUUGUGAAAAAUGUUGCAAACAUCUUAAAAACAAAUGUUUCAGCUUGCAAAUCGAUAGGUGGACCAUUUAUUUGUCAGUUGUCAAAAAUCUAUCUCGAUAUGUUAAAUGUUUACAAAGUUGUAUCUGAGAACAUCAGCAAUGCGGUUUUGAAAAAUGGUGAAGAUAUUUUGAAACAGCCAUUACUAAAGUCAAUGAGAACAGUUAAAAAAGAAAUCUUAACACUUAUUUCUUGCUGGAUCGCAAAAUAUGAUGAAACUACUUUUGUUCUUGAAAAUAUCGUGCCUCCUCUAUUCGAUGCAGUGUUGUUCGAUUAUCAGCGGAAUUGUCCUGCUGCCCGUGAGCCGAAAGUUCUGUCUCUUCUUUCGAUUAUCAUUUCACAGCUUCAUAGCUCCAUCAAUGGUGAAGUUAUUCGCAUUCUUGAUGCAGUUUUCUCUUGCACACUGGAAAUGGUUAAUCGUGAUAUGGAAGAAUAUCCUGAACAUCGCAUAAACUUCUUUAAACUCAUUGCUUCCCUCAUCCAUGAGUGCUUUGAUGUUUUAAUUAAUCUUCCGACUGAAUUAUUCAAGUUAAUUAUUGAUGCUAUCGUAUGGGCGUUUAAACAUACAAUGCGCAACGUUGCAGAAAUCGGCUUGGAAAUGCUCAAGGAUAUGCUUCGACAGUUCGCAUGUUGUACAGAUCGGUCCAAAGCACAAAGUUUCUACAAAAUCUUCUUUGUGGAUAUUGUUAUACAUGUUCUGUCAGUAGUUACUGAUAGCAAUCAAAUAAAAAUAGUGGGGUUGUCUUGUUAUGCUGACGUUCUUUGCUCUCUCUUUUAUGCUGCAGAGUUCUCUAUCACUGAUCAGUUAAAUCCUCCUCAAUCAAAUAUGGAUUUUAUUUAUCAACGAAUUAGCCAAACGUUCAGUCAGGCCUUUGGAAACCUUACUCAAGAUCAAAUUCGCGUCACUGUAAAAGGAUUCUUCUCUUUCAAUACCGACGUACCUAAGAUGAGAUAUCAUCUCCGCGAUUUUCUAAUCCAAAUCAAGGAGAGAGUUGGUGAGGAUACUUCUGAUCUGUUUCUAGAGGAGCGUGAGCAGGAGAUACAGAACGUGCAAAACGCAAAGAAUGAGGUACCAGGUAUGCUUAACCCACAUGAACUGGCUGAAGAUGACUCGAUGAAGUGA